ACCGUAUGAACCCAUAAUGCAUAAAAGCAGUUUCGGCCGGCCAUGUUAGACUAUCGAAAACGUCAUUGAAGGGAAUAAGGAUUGGAUGAUUCUUCCUUGUUUUCGAUGAAUAUAUUAACUUUCCAUAUUGUAUAAUCUUCUUUAUCUGUAUCGCCAUUUUGCAUUGGUCAUCUUCCUCGAGAGAAAAAUUUCCAGUAAAAAAAUGGAGCUCAAGCCUGGUCUUUCAGCUAUAGUCACCGGCGGUGCAUCUGGAAUCGGUAAAGCUCUGACUUUGGCGCUGGCUGAAAGGGGAGUAUUUGUUACCAUCAUUGAUUUUUCUGAAGAAAGGGGAAAGGAAACUGCUUCCAUUGCUGGGAUAGAGUGUGCUAAGUUUCAUUCCUCUUUGGAGUUUCCACCUGUCACUUUUAUCAAAUGCGAUGUCACUAACUCAGGUGAUCUGGCUGCGGCUUUUAAGAAGCAUGUAGCAACCUAUCAUGGGUUGGAUAUUUGCAUAAAUAGCGCUGGUAUUGCCAGUCACACACUAUUCUAUAAAGACCUAACUGAUGGCACCAAAUCUUGGAGAAACACCGUGAAUGUCAAUCUUGUUGGUGUCAUUGAUUCCACUCGGUUGGCGAUUCAAUUCAUGGAAGGAGCACGAAAACCGGGUGUCAUCAUAAAUAUCGGUUCUGCUUCAGGACUGUAUCCAAUGUAUGGUGACCCUAUCUACUCUGGCACUAAAGGUGGUGUGGUGCUAUUUACUCGAUCACUUGCUCCAUUAAAGCGUCAAGGAAUCCGCAUUAAUGUGCUUUGCCCUGAGUUCGUGCAAACUGAUUUGGCGGCUAUGGUAAGUCCUGAAUUCAUCAAUAUGAUAGGAGGAUAUUUGCCGAUGGAAAUGGUAGUCAAAGGUGCUCUGGAGCUUAUCAAUGAUGAGAAUAAAGCUGGGGCGUGCUUAUGGAUCACUAAGCGAAGAGGAAUGGAGUAUUGGCCAUCCCCUCUAGAAGAAGCAAAAUACCGCACGCCUUCUUCAAAGUUUAGAAGAAGAACCUCAUCUAUGGCCUCAAUUGACUUUCAAAUUCCAGAAAGUUUUGAGAAGAUAGUGGUCCACACACUCAGUCACAACUUCCGUAGUGCAACAAGCAUAGUGCGCUCGUCAUUGUCUCUGCCAAUCAAAUCAGAUCAUGUCCUCUUGAAAAUCAUCUAUGCUGGUGUUAAUGCCAGUGAUGUGAAUUUCAGCUCAGGUCGUUACUUCAGCGGCAGCAGCCAGGAUAUUGCGGCUCGUCUCCCAUUUGAUGCUGGAUUUGAGGCUGUUGGAAUAAUAGCUGCGAUUGGUGAUUCUGUCAAACAUCUAAAAGUUGGAACCCCCGCUGCUGUCAUGACUUUUGGUAGCUAUGCCGAGUUCACAGUGGUUAAUGCAAAACAUAUUCUUCCUGUUCCAAGACCAGAUCCCGAAGUUGUUGCAAUGCUUACAUCUGGACUCACAGCCUCCAUUGCAUUAGAAAAGGCUGCAUUGAUGGAUUCAGGAAAAGUAGUUCUAGUGACUGCUGCUGCAGGAGGGACUGGGCAGUUUGCAGUUCAGCUGGCAAAACUAUCGGGAAAUACUGUCGUCGCAACUUGUGGAGGUGCAGAAAAGGCAAAUCUUUUGAAAGAUUUGGGAGUGGAUCGAGUCAUUGACUACAGAAGAGAAGAUAUUAAAACUGUUCUAAGGAAGGAAUUUCCAAAGGGGCUUGAUAUCAUUUACGAGUCUGUUGGUGGUGAAAUGUUUAAUCUUUGCCUAAAUGCAUUAGCAAUAUAUGGAAGACUUCUUGUGAUUGGAAUGAUUUCUCAGUAUCAAGGCGAACAGGGAUGGAAGCCAUUAAAUUACACGGGUUUAUGUGAAAAGAUCCUCGCAAAAAGCCAAACUGUGGUGUGUAUGCUGUAUCCUUUUUGUGGUGUCUGGUUGUUAUCUUGUUUUUGUCAAAUUCUCCUUUCAUUCCUACAGUAGGUCCUAAUUUUGAGUUUGACUUCUGUUGGUACUUAAAGUUCCAAAAAGUAAUACGCUUAGAAGAUUCAAGCUCCUUUGAUUUGUUCUAGUGGUAGGCAUCACUGGGUAUGAGCAUUCAUCAGAAUCACACUUGGAGUGAAUCUUGUUCAAUUGGUCUUCACUGAUAAUGUGCAGUACCGGCAUUAUACAUUCAUUAAACAUUCAGCCAAGACGCUUAAAAUAGUUGUCUGGAUGGAUGUUAACGUAAAUACUACUUGUCUGUACACUGCAGAAUUACUUUUUGCAUCCAUAAGAUAAUGCUUCGUAUUUAUACAGGCUGGUUUUUUCUUGGUGCAAUAUGCUCAAUUUUGGCAAGAGCACCUAGACAGGCUGUUCCAUCUCUAUUCUGUCGGAAAGCUAAAGGUGAGUGAUUUUCGUUGCUAAUAACAUUUGGAACAUGAAAAUUGCAGAUGGGUGAUAAAUUUGCUUCAAAGGAUUUAAAUGUGAAAGUUAUGGGACUUUUCCGUUGCAUUCCUGUAAUCAGUCUAUGGGAACCUGGCUGGAUUUUGGUUACAAGAAAUCACUGAUCUUCCCCCAUGUGACAUGUACAUAAUUUCUUGUUCAAUUUGUUUGGCAGGUUGCCAUAGAUCCAAAAAGGUUUCUGGGCAUUCAGUCUGUUGCUGAUGCUGUUGAAUAUCUUCAUUCUGGUAAAAGUGCCGGCAAGGUAUGGCAUUAAUCAUAAAUUCUCUGGUUUAAAUCAUGAGUUGAAUCGGAAAGCUUUAAUGGGGGAAAGCACUGCAGGUGGUUGUUUGCAUUGACCCGAAGUAUUCAGAGCAUUUGGCAAAACUUUGAGAUCCAGGUAUACUUCCUGUAACAUUGGUACAGAGCUCUCAAAAUACCAGUGGAUGCUGUAUAGGAAAAAAUACAGUAAGAAACAGCAAAUAAGCGUGUUUCCGCUUUGAUUUUGAGAAGAAACAGCAAAUAAGCUGUGUUUCCCCUGCUCGGAUAAUUGUUAUAGUAUAUUUCUCAGUAUGUAUUAGUCUCCACAGAUGUACUAAAGAUUUUUCUGAUAACAGAAGAUGUACAGAACCCUGCAUUGCACUGCAUCAGUCAAGUUGAAUUCAGAUCUGUUGAAAUAAAGGGAAGAAGAUUACAGUUGAAAGGAGGAAAGACGAGUAGCCUGUCUUCAACUAAGAAGAUUCUGGGAUUCAAGAUGAAGAAAAUAAAUCAACUCUUACAAAGUGCAUUAAUUAAAUAGCUAGAAUUUUCAGGGGAGUGAACUCAACUCAUGCCUCCUAAAUAAUGGGAGUUCUUUAUUACAUAGAUUUUCAACUAAAGCCAGGAAAGUUAAUGAAAAUUAGGAAAAUUUCGACGCCUUGGCAUUGUGCUUUUCCUCCAUCAUCAUUCCUAGACAGUUACGCUUGGGUACUUGCAGGAUCCGUGGCCUGUUCGACACAUGAAACAAUCAGACAUACUCGAAGAAAUAAUGCAAAAUCAUCUCAAAAAAAAAAAAUAAAAAUAAAAUACGUGUUUGCUUUUGUUUUCCAAUCUCAGGCAGGACUAUUGUUACUUACUGAGAUCUCUGGUGCUUUCCAUUGCUAGACCAUCGAAAUAACAAGCUCCACCUCUGCUCCUGAACUGAGCCCAAUAUGAGCUAAAUGCAUAACUAGCAUGAGAGAUGAGUGAAACCGGUUCGUAGCACUCUUUUCCUGGCGCAAUUGCAUCACAAGUUCCGUUUCCCUGGCUGCAAGCGUUGAUAAUGGCUUGACUUAAGUAUGAUGUGUUCACCCCGGGUACCACGAUGCACCAUAGAUUUCCUCUGUAGGGAUUGUUAUUCAAAGGUGUUGGAAGCUCUGAAUACUCCUUGUCUGAUCGGGAGCCAGUUAGGUCUAAUUCGUAUGUUGGCAAACCAUUAGGGCGUAGUAACCCCCAACUUCUUUCUGUUGUUGGUCCUAACUUCUGAUUCUCAUCGAACAGUGAGUAUAUGAAUGUGGGGAUCAGUGCUUUUGGUCUUGCUGGUGUUCCUGCUGAUCCUUUUGAAUUCAGUUUUCGUGCAAGGUUUCGGUUGUAAGUGGCUGCAUUGUAUACAUUUGCACCAGGCUGAUCAAUGUCUCCUGCAUGAGGCCAGCCGGUUGCAGAAAUCCCAAGAUCAAUGUUUUCGAAGCCUAACUUUUCCGUUGCAUAGAGAACUGAAUCGAGCAUCUGAUCCAGGAGGUUGGUGUAGUUCAAGCUGCUACCAGGAUCCUGAUAGGCAGAACUUUGAUCCACUCUGAACAGAGCUUGAUCAAGGCUUAAAUUCGUCGGGUUGGCAGACCAGGCUUUAUAAGGGAAGACAUUAAGGAACAGCAAGGAGUUAGUGCCAUCCAGGAAUUUCAGUAAAGGAACCAGCACCUGAUCUUGCGGAAUGUCAGACCUAAAUGUCCCUCUUGAUGGCGGAAAUGUUGUUUCCAAGAUGUCCAUUGCCAGGGGAGUGGCUAUUUUGAUGUUCUCAAUAUUGUGAUUCCUAACUGCAUCAUGAAUUCUUUUCAGGGCUGGUACAAGAUCAUGCCACAAGCUCGUAUUGUUUUGGCUCAGCACUUCAUUUCCAACAAAUAUGUAGCGAACCAUCGCCUCAGGGUAGUAUGCGACGACAUUUUCUUGCACCCAUUGAUCUGCUCUUGUUUGGUUAGAGGCGAUAUCUGGGAUCAAUUCAUUUUCAACUGUGAUUGCCACAUGAAGCCUCGUCCGAGAUAAUGAAUGAAGCAUUUCAUGAUUGGCGUCAGGAAGCCUGACUGCAUCAACAUUCAUCCUCUGAAGAAGUUGAACAGAUUGAUUUGGAGCUGGCAAAUUGUUUCCUUGCCCACCAUAAACUAUACCAAUUCUGGUUGCUGCUUUUGCAUCUACCGGAAAAAAAAUUUAACGAGACAGAAUAUUAGUUGCACAGCAAGAUAGAGAUUAAUACAAUACUGCACUAUUCAUGACAGGACUUACUUGAUAAAGCAAGGAGGCAGAAAAUGAUUUGCACCACAAGGACAAUAUCUCCUUCUUUGAUCUUCUUCAUCAUUCUCUGAAUAUGUAGCCUUCAAAAAAAAUGGACAAAUGAUAUAAAUCCUUAUGAGGUUGAGGUUCCUUAAAUCUUUUAAAGACACAGAUGAAUGUAAAACAUUAGGUUUUGUGCAUGGGAUUUGUGGAAGUGGACAUGCGUUAUAUACAUGGUGAAAAAAAUAUGGUAAGGACCUGAAGAAACUGUUGAACGACUAACCAGCAACAAUAGUCAAAAAAGAAUAAGACAAAUGAUCUUUAGAAGAGUUUCCAAACAAAAUUGUGAUGAUUUAUCUGUUCUUUACUGGCAACUCUUCAUGCAUUAGUAAGGAGGAUGGGUGGAUCUGGAAAACAAUCUUGAAAAUAACUAAAACUACCUGAUUUGGUAUUUUAAAGGUGAAGAAAAAUUUACAUUAGAAAAAAAAAAAGAUUGAAAAGGAUUGACGUAUGUUAUGAUCAGGUAAGCAAUGUUGGUGUCACUUCCAUUUCGAUGGAGUUCACACGUGAAGCCUGUCACAACUAAUAGUCAUGUAACUUAUGACCUCAACUUAUUAGUAUUUCUUUUUCUUUCUGUAGAAACCCUUCUUAAAGUUGAAGUCAAAACUGCAG